AUGGCGGACGGAGAAACGACGCGCCCGGUUCAGAGCGGAAAAACGGCCAAAGUUGAAGAGCUCGAUGGAUUUAAGUUUGUAUCGUUUGAACAAGGUGAGCUUGUGAACUCGUUUGUUACAAAUCAGCGCAAACGCGUCCCUAAACGAUCUUUCGCGGGUUUUGGCUUGACGACGCUGUCAGUAACAAAUGAUACUGCGACACGGCUUAAAAAGCGACACCGUAAAGAUGAUAAAAGGGUGAUAGUGGACAGAGUGGAUGGAUUUACGUUUGUCUCUGCUUUUACUUUAAAUGAUUUUGAUGAGUACGACAAGAACCCAGUUAAGCAUCCCUUAGCUCCUCCCACUAAACGAAAGGCCAACACCAAAAUUGAAUCAGCAGCACCUAAGAAAAAAGCCAAAAAACCUGAAUGCUGUACUCCUGAAACGUCUGUGAAUGUCGCCAAGAAGGGACAAAGUAAUUCGACACUGAUUAAGGAGUCGGCAAAGCCAAGCGAGACAGUUUCGAAUACAAGUAAGAAGAAUGUAUCGCCUCUGACAAAAUCAGCUUUGGUUCGCUUAAAGAAGAUAAAUGUAAGUAGUUUAAAGCAGCAUAAAAAUAGUCCUAUGAAUAAACAAAUUAACAAUAUACAGGAUAAUACCAAAGAUCAGAAGAAUUGUUCAUCCAGUAAAGCUAAGAAGUCGAUAAACGUGAAGGUUCCGCUUAUGAAAAUUGAUAAGCCUCGUCAGGUAGCUGGCUCCAAUAGUCUGCCCAAAAGCAAGAAGUCAAAAAUUCCUUAUAUGCAAAUUGAUAAACUCGGUGAGGCAGAUAGCUUUAACAAUUGGCACGAAACAUUUUUAGAUAUUCUAUCAGACGAUGAGGACAAUUUUGAACUUGAUGUUUGUGGAAUUGAUGAAAAUUCAUCUUCUCAAUUUAUAUUGAAUAAUAUAAACACCCCUGAAGAGAUAACCUCAAGUGACCCGGCAAAACCUAAGAACGAGGAAAAGAAUAAACUAAAGAGAAAACCAUGUCGGGUAUGUUGUGCUUACCCAUGCCGCAUUGUUGGAGCAAAGAGAAUCAAGUCCCGUGGAAACCAGUUUCCAAGUUUUGAUGUUUCAUUUACAUCAAGAUGUCAAGUACAUACUCCUGGGGAAAUAGCAAUUCAUGACUCUUCUCAGGGUAAAGUGAAUGUUUGUAUCCAAACAACUUCUACAGAUAUACGGAUGCAUCUUGAUUUUGCAAGACGGUUUCCAUACCGUGCGAUUAACAUAGUUUCAUGUCAGCCGAGCCUUUAUGAUGACGAUUUGAAGCUAGCGGACAACCUUGCGACUGGGACAAUUCACAGAUGUAGUGAGAACCAUCGAAUUCUUGAGCAGAAGCGUAGAGAGGAGUUACAUGGCUUAUAUUGUAAGCUUGCCGAUACUCUUUCUAUCUCAAAGAAUAAGGCAAGUAAGCAAUGGAUCUUAGAAAAUGCACGCAAAGAAAUAAUGUGCCUUGAAGCUAAAGAUAAAGAUCUAACUGUCGAAUUGAACUCAACAAAGUCUGAAAAUGAUGAGAAAAGGAAAAGAUGGGAGCAGUUAGCAGGAAAGCCCUAUGUUGCACCAAAGGAAAGUGUUACCAAAGUGGCAAGCAAGUCAAAGCUUUUGGAGUUGUAUGAGCAGUAUAGACAGGAAAGAGAUCAGUUACAAAAUUAUUCAACCACGAAGGCAGAAUGUAAUUUCAAAAGCGAGGAGAGAGAAAUAAAGGAUGCACUAAAAGAAGAAGAGAGGAAAUUACAAGAAAGAGAAAAAGUAAAGAAAGAAUUGCAAAAGAAAAUAAGAAAUUCUCAAAGUAUUGAAAAGCAAACUGUUACCUCAACCCACACACCAAGUAAUAACCCAAUAAACACGUUAAGCAGCAGCCCAGCUCGCACACCAAGUAAUAACCCAACAAACAUGCUAAGCAACCGCCCAACUCCCACACCGAAACUCAACAACUCAGUUGUUUGCAAAUCAGUGAUACCUAAGGCGAAAGAUGCUGUAGAGAUAAAUAAUUCCAUCACGAAAUCAAAUCGGACAGAAUGUAGUACGAAGGAGAGUUCUCAAAACCCAGCAGCAUCCAUGCAGUCCAGUUUGGAGUCAGUAAAUAGCACUCCAGUGACUGCUAGUCAAGUUGGACAAGCUCUAACCAAUCAUAUACAGCCCGUUUCCGUUGAUACACUGGUAACUGCAGCGAAGCAUACGUCAUUAGGACCCCGUCAGAUCGUACGCCCAUUUCAACGCACACCAAUCAGUCCUUCGCCACCGAGUACUCCAGUUAUUCCUAAAAUAGAUUUAACGAAUGAAUCUAAAAGCCCAACAGUCAAAUUAAACCAAUUGGAAAACUUAACACCCAAACCAAACCAACAAUCCAAAUCAAACCCAUUAUCUGAAUUAUCCCAACUACUAGCAAGAAAUCCAAAUCUAGCAACAACUACAGGUAACGUGACAACACAAGUCGCAACACCACGUUUCAAAAGUCCCCCUCCAAACCAAAGCAGCGCUCUUCCUCAAAGUGCUAUCCCCUCAGGUGCAAAUAAUCUAAAUGCACUGUUUCCAACACCAAUUGCACCUAAACCGAGUAACUCGUCUCCGUUGGGAGCUCCAAAUAAUGACUAUGUAAUUGUUACGAUGGUCGUGCGAGGCAAAAGGACAAUUUUCAAGAUUCCAAAGACAGCUGAAGGAUUAACUUUGAUGAGUAAACUUUCAGCAUUGAAGGUGCUCAGUCCCGAUACCCUUACGAAACUUACUGCAAAGUUUUCUGUAAACCAACCAGAACAGUCAGCAGGUUCAACUGCCAGCUUAGCCACAAAAACCAGCUUAGUCACAACCCCAGCUACCCCAACCCAGUGGUCAGCUGUAGCCUCAAUCCCGAACUCAUCUACGGCAGUAACUGCAACAUGCCAGCCAGUGAAACAAUCCAAUACUACUUCAGCUGUUAAAAGUAACAACAGCAGUGAUGCGAGUAUAUUCCAACCUGUAGAACAACCCACAGCCACCCAAUUAUUUAAGGCUAACAAUAGUAGUUUUGCCACUAUAUCCCAACCAGCUGUUAACAGUGGUAGUGUUGGAACUACAUCCGAGCAAAAACCACCCAGAUUUGGAUUUAAAAGUGAUGUGAGCAUAUCCGAGCAAUUUAAAGAAUUCAAUGCUGGCAGACCCUGCAAAGCGGUCAGCCUGAUUGAUAAAAAAAACAGUAUUGUUUCUCCCCAACAAAAGAAGUUAAUAUUCCUCGAUUUGACAAGCAACAAGAAGCCUGAAGCUAAAGCAUUCUCGGUGACACCCACUUCCUCGAGUAUCAACGUUACUUUGAACAAACUAGGAAGUAUUACGGCAAACAAAGUUUUUAAUAGACGUCCGGCACCUAUGCGAUCGCAGAAUAAUCCACCAAAUGCAAGUUUUACUAGUGUCUCUGCACCGUCAACAUCACAGACAAACCAACCAAAGUUAAGUUCCGAGUACCACUUACAACGAACAGCACCCGUACAAGUUCUCCCUAAACGAGAACCUCAUACAAAUGUAUCCAUAUCUCGUGUCCCUAUGCUCACAACAAGUGUACAUAUUUAUCCAGCUUCGCCUGCUCAAAUCCCCUCCGAGGAGCCACCUGAAGACCUUCCCGACAUUCCACCUGAUAUCCCAUCUGACCUGACUCGAGCAAGCUUUAGUCCACUUGAAACAAUCCCCCAAAUAUCAGACUCCUUGUUGAAAGACACCUGUCAAAAAGAUGCAGACAACGCGAACGAACCUGGAUUUUGCGUGAUUUCAAAUGUGUUCAGUUUGACUGAUACUGGUGGAACACCAAACAGUCCUGAGACGACUACCGUUGUAGCAGCCGUUGAUGCAAGAGUCGAUACGAACGUCGGCGCUCCAGUGAUGAGUAUCAGUUCAGAUGUGCACACUACUGACAGACGGUUCAUUGCAGACGUGCGAGUAUCUAACAGCAGCAUUAGUAAUAGUACUGCUGAAGACAGUGAUAGUGGCGAACAAUUGAAAGUCAAAGUGAUUCAAUGA